AUGCAGAAAGCUCAAUAUACUCAUACUUCGUGGCGCAAGAGCGAGAUUGUAGUCGAAACCUCCGCUGGUGGAUCGUCAACUAUGAAGAAACGGACCCGCGAAGAGUCCUCCGAGUUCGUGUUGCGUGAGCUGCUUGCAGGGCUUCCGCUUUCGGAGCUGGCUUGGCAGAUGCCAGGAGCAAUGCCUUUGGCGGACUUCAGCUUCUCGCACCCAGGACUAGGACUGUCAGGCGAGAUGUUCGCUCUCGUCGGGAGGCCUCCUGCGCUGGCCAUAGAGAUGGCGGGACCAAGCGAUAAUUCUGGCAUGCUGACCAUUGCUGAAGCCGAAAUGGCGGGACCCAAUGACGACGAUGACAAUGCCGUCAGCCAGAUGCUGGUUGUCCGGCCAACCCAGUACCAGGUCAAUACUGCUGCCGCAAAGAUGAGCCCGACUCGGUUAUUUGUCCAAAUGGAGGAAAAGAACGACAGGGCCGUCGUAGCAUCCAGGAUUGCCCACCGCCGCAAUGCGGAGCUGGCGAAUCAGCUUGAGGCUCUGCGGGCAGCGCAGUCCGAUAGCCAACAGCAGCUGGUUCAACUCUCGGAGGAGUGCGACGCUAUGAAGUGUUUUUGUGUCAGUAGCGAUACUGCUACAAAUAGCCUGCAGCAGCAGCUCCAGGAAGAGGAGAGAUUGAGGGGAAUGCUUGUGAGCGACUUCUUGGCUCGCAUUACUGCCGCCGAGGGGGUUGCGGCCAUGGCAAAUGGCCUGAAGCAGGAGCUCCAGGAGGAGAGGAGAUUGAGGGAGACGCUUGAGAUCGACUUCGCAGCUCGCGUCACCUCCGCCGAGGCAUUUAUGAGAGGAGAACCAACAGAGAGCUCAGGGCGAAGCUCAACUCCAGGACUGCGUGCGUGCAGCAGCUUGAGUGGCAGGAGAGAGAACGGGAGCAUUCUAUCACGGCUCGAACAAGAUCAGCGACGAUUAGAGGAAGAAAUAAAGACGCGAGACGCCUCAAUCAAACUGCUUGAGGCUGACUUGAAACACGAGCAAGAUCAGGCAAGGGCCGAGUGGGAACAGUUCAAUGAAACGAUGACGGACCGAAGCCAACAGUUUGAGGAAAAGAUUGAGGUAAGAUGUCGAUGCCUAGAGCCAUCGACGACGCUGAUGAGGAAGCAGGCUCAGAACCAGGAGUUCGAGGAGAGGUUUGAAAAUUUGACUAGCGAGAAGAACAGGCUCGAGGCCAGCCACGCUGAACUAUAUGCUGCAAUGACAGCUUUAGAGAAAAGAUUUACGCGUCAAUUCGAGCAAAUCCGUCUUGGGAGCAGCACGCCACCGGCGCCCAAGCAGACAACAUCAACCAACCAGCCGCCAUCAAAUGAAGCAACUGGGUCCAACGAUGCGUCGGCGUCCAAUGUGACGAAUGCAGACACACCAGCGGCACCAAUGGCUCCGGUCUCUAACGAGGCGGAGGCGUCUAAUGUGACCAAUGUGGAUACACCAACGGCUCCAAUGGCUCCGUCUGACGUCAAUGCCCGCCUCCUACUCAGUCCCCCGAGCAUGUUUAGAACAAUAGGCAAGGGGAGGAAAUCCGCGGGCGAGAAGAAGACCCUGAGCGAACUAAAGGAUGAGAAAGCCAAAUUUGCUGGGGCUUAUCACAAUGUGCAAUUGGUAUGUUGCUAUAAGGUCGCCUCCAGCGCGAUAAUUGAAGCAUUUUACCAGGAGGAAGCGUGCCUGGUGCUCUACGGAGUGUUUGGGAUCAGAGACCAGAAGGAGAUCGCCAUGAAGGCUAAGGAGGCUGAUGAAGAGGAUGUUGCUGCUUUCAACGCAGGGUCGCUUGCUGUUGGACCAGAUCACCAAGAUGUGCGCUUUUCUUUGAUCGCGCCUACCGACAAUCGCUGGAAUCGCUAUAUUGUCGCUAUGUUUGCCCAGAAAAUGUUCAAGCUGCAGGGCAAAGAGCAUGGGUUCGUAUUCAUGAACAGCAACCGGAAGAUUGAGCGGGUGCCGCCAGCAAGCUUCUUAUAUUGGGAGGAUCUCAUCUGGGAGAUCUGGACGAGACUCCGCAGUUCCUGGGUGGACUGCCUGCCAAAGAUGGUAACGGAUGUUGGGACCGGCCGCGUGUGCCCAGAGCGCGGAGAAGAGGUCGCUUUGUGUAUGAAUGACAAGGAGACUAAGUUGGAGCAACAGGCACGGAAACGAUCACGAAAGCAUUGUCGAUAUAUCCGUCGUCUAGAUGUUUGUAAUGUGAAGGCGAAGAAGGCGACGUCUCCAUCUGAGGUUGACAAGUGGAACAAGAGGCGAAAAGUCCUGGCACUACUCACUGAAGAUGGGAUGAGUUCCGACAAAACCGACACUGAAUUGACAUCUGUCCAUCACAAAACUCAUGCGUUGGCAUGGCGGCGGCAAGAGGUGGACUUGAUAAUGGAAGUAAUUGACACAGAGAGGAAUGAUAUCCUGAGUUCUAGAGGAUCUCAACCAGCGGCACGAGCGCGCUCCGACCGAGUUCUAGCGUUGGGACCGUAUAGAGCUUUGUUGUGGUCGACUCGGUCGCCAGUGCCUGCGUUGCCCAAGGUGAUGUACGAUGCAGACUGGCUCGCGGGCACGACCAGUCAACUUCGGGGAGGGCUGGAUGUAAAGGAGGCCAGCACAAACAAGAGCAAAGACGCGAGGUCAGCACCUUGCGCGCUGGGUGAUGGGGCAAGUAUGUGGCAAGCUGUUGCGGUGUUGACCGCGACGGCUACGGUUCGACUCACUCAGGCUCGCGGUGUUGACCGCAACACCUGUAGCACCCGAAUCACCGCUCCGCGUCUUUAUGUCAGGUGA